AUGGCUGCAGCAAAUGCGAAAGGAGAAAAAUUGCUUAUGUUCGUGAUCGGAAAGUCGAAAAGUCCGCGAUGGUUUAAGAAUAUCAAUCAUCUUCCUACCCAGUAUACAUUGCAAAAAGAGAGCUGGAUGAGCAGCGAAAUCUUCGAAGAGCGGGUACGUAAAGUCGACCGAAAAUUCCGGGUAGAUGGUCGAAAAAUUGCUCUCAUUAUCGACAACUGCCCUGCUCAUCCAACGUUGUCCAAUUUGACCAGCGUGCAGCUUGUCUUUCUGUCACCAAAUACGACGUCUAUCUUGCAACCAAUGGACCAAGGUGUCAUUCGCAGCCUCAAAGCGUAUUAUCGUGGAAAGGUUGCUGCCAUUGAUGAUUCUGAUGACCCGUUUAAAGAUCUUCAAGAAAGCUUGAAUAACUUGAGGAAAGCAGAUUCAUCAAUGGUGCCGAAUGAUGUCACCGCUACUGCUUUAGUGAGCUUGGCACGACGACGUCAUUGCAACAGCCCCUGA